AUGUUACCACGGCACUCAAUUCCACUUAAAGAAGGCCGUCUGUCACAUUUAAGACCAGCCAAAACGCGACGAAAAAGCAUGCUUUUGCGAACCACUCGUGUCAUCAUUGCGGUUGUAGCGGCGUGGUUGGUAAUCUCAUUCCUGCUUUUUAGGUCGCCAGCUUCAGACGCAAAGAGCCAGACUUCCACCUUGGUCACGGACAGAACAUGGCGAAGUUCACUCACUGAUAACACGAUUGCGGCGUCAUCGGAACAUGAUUCGACAUUGCAAAAGACACCCGGCGAGAAUUCUAUUGGGGAAAAUUCACCAGGGCUGCAGGAAAAUGUAGAAGAUCAAAAGUCACCGCAGUCAUUCUCAAAUAUCGAUGAAGAUAGCGAGAAUAGCACGAUUUCGGAUCUAGAGCCCGAUCUCUUCGAGGCCGCUCUUGACUACCUUCUAUCAACAGCCCCCAACGAGCUCUACAUCAAACAAAUCCUACGGCCAGUAGUCAGCACAGGCGAGGCGAAGCUACACGACCUUGGCCUGCGCACACGCAUAUAUAAAGAAUUAUUCGAGACUUGGGAGAAGGUACACCUCGUCAACAGCGACGACAAUCAGACUUACGUGCGGAAUGACGUUGUCCCCUACAUCCGGGACAAGUUCAGCGAGUCAACAUACCCUGGCAUACUCCACAAAUACGACUCCUAUCGCAAGUUUGUCACCAAACUCUCUGCACUCUUGUUUCCGUGGACGAGUCCAUACUUUGCAGAUCAUAUGAGUAUGCACAUCUCGUUGCGCCAUGGAGGUCGUGGCAUCGUGACAACGGCGGGCAAUGGCCAGGCACAGUUUCUACUGGCGGCCAUUCCUUCCUUUCGCCUUCUGGGCUGCGAUCUUCCCGUCGAGGUCAUGUAUCUCGGCGAAAACGAUCUGAAUAAGGACUUCCGGAUGAAACUUGAGGCCAUACCAGGCGUCACAACGCGUGACCUCUCCGCACUGGUGAACGAUGAAGGUUGGCAGCUCAACGGAUGGGCUGGUAAGCCCUUUGCUAUUCUUUUCUCGUCUUUCCGCGAAGCCCUGUUCAUCGACGCCGAUUCACUGUUCUUCGUGAACCCCGAGUCCCUUUUUGAUGACCCGGAAUACGUGCGCACGGGUGCCCUUUUCUUCAGAGAUCGAAAUAUCUCGCCAGAGAGUAAGCAGGGAUGGCUGCAAAAGGUCUUGCCAGAGCCAAUUUCGCAAGCUGUGCAGCAGAGCAGAAUGUGGACCGGGGAGAGCGGGCAUGAACAAGAGUCGGGAGUCAUCGUCGUGGAUAAGUGGAUGCACUUUGUUGCAUUGUUACUCGUAUGCAGAAUGAAUGGGCCAGAUAGGAAUGGUAAUGGUGCGGACAUUGUAGGGACUUACGAUAUGGUCUACGGUGAUAAGGAAACCUUUUGGCUUGGAUGGGAGCUCGUUGGGGAUACUUCAUAUUCCUUUCACCCGGGUCUAUCUGCAGUCAUGGGCGUUGUCCAACCUGCAGUCGUGGACGUUGUCCAACCUGAAAUUGUGGACGCUGUUCAACCUGCAGUCGUGGACGUUGUCCAGACUGAAAUUGUGGACGUUCCGAAACUAUCCUUCGUCGAUGGAAUUGCAGUGGCCUCACCAGCAGCGAACCCACCAGUAGAUGGAAUUGCAGUGGCCUCACCAAGAGCGAAUCCACCAGUAGAUGGAAGCGAAUCGGCGCCAACCCAUGAUCCCAAUCCCACAAUCUGUGCCCCCCAGCUUCUUCAUUUGGACCGCGAGAACCGUCCUUUAUGGUUCAAUGGCUGGGUGUUUGAGAAUAAGUUUGCGGACGGUAAACGGGUCAUGGGAAAGUUCGACAUGUUUAUGGAGGAACCGAGUAAGCCACAGGUUCCAGAAGCAUGGCAAUUAAAGGAACACAAUCUCUGUUGCUUGUCAAACUCCACGCCAAAGAACUUUACGACACAGGAGACCGAAUGGCUUGAAGAGUUGCUUGACUUGGUAAAUAUCGUUGGUAACUAG